AUGAGUGAACUUCUUCAUAGGAAUGUGAUAAUUUUGUUUAUUUUGUUAUGUUGCCUAAUCCCGUCGUCGUUUCAAGAGUGUUCUAACAUUUUUUGCUCUAACGUAUUUGACGAAGUAUGUGGUUUUGCUCGAAGCGUUGAUGGAACAAGACUUUUCAAAAAAUUUCAUAACUACUGUCAUCUCCAAAAAAUUAAGUGCAAACUGAAAUCAAUAAUAGACAUAAAUCAGGUGCCGGAUAAGUUUUGCAAUAUUAGAAAAAAAACACGAUAUAUUUCGGGAAGCGGAAGACGUGUGCAUGAUUUCAGCAUCGUGGGCGCCCAUCAAGCCUGUAACCACACUUGCCCAACAUUUUGUGUUGACACCUACGAGCCUGCUUGUGCGCAAAUUUGGAAAGGGAAUAUGGAUUCAUACGAUUACAGGCCCAUGAUAAAUCAUUGUCAUAUUGACUUAUUUUCUUGCGCCCUUGGAGUUAAUGUAACAAUACAACCUUUAGGAUUCCACCUUUGCCCUACUCAGAAUAUGAGUCAACGAAGAAAAUGGGAGCCAUUGAAGAAAGUGGGAAUUAUCGGAGUGCCUUUCGAAAAAGGGCAAAAAAAAUAUGGCGUGAGCGUAGCUCCAGCUGCAAUAAGAGCUGCCGGCUUAAUUGAACAUCUUAAUUCCAUCGUUGGCCUUGACGUUAAAGACUACGGAGAUAUUGACACAUCGGCGCCAGAUGCUGAAGUCAAUGUUCACAACAUGGCUCAUCUUUCACAAGUUUCUUCUUGCAACAAGAAACUAUCGGCGCGUGUUUCGCAAGUACUUAAAGAUGGACGAGUGGCUGUUACUAUUGGGGGUGACCAUUCCGUAGGGGUUGGGACGGUAGAUGGUCACUUCAACGUAAAUGAAGAUAUGAUUUUAAUUUGGGUGGAUGCGCAUGCGGAUAUUAACACAAACAAAACUUCAGGGUCGGGUUCAGUACAUGGCAUGCCCGUCGCACUCCUCGUGAAAGAGCUUUCCGAUUAUUGGCCAUAUUUACCGACUAUGGACUGGCAAGUACCAAAAUUUUCCAUAAAGAACUUAGGAUAUGUUGGACUGCGAUCUGUUGAUGAAUAUGAAAGGCUAGCAAUUGAAAAAUAUAAUGUGCCAACGUUUGCAAUGGAAGACAUUGAUGAACACGGCAUUCGAAAGUCUAUUAAUCACAUAUUACAAGUAUUAGAUCCGGAAAUGAAUAAGCCCAUUCACGUGAGCUUUGACAUCGAUUCCUUAGACGCGUUAGAGGCACCUAGCACGGGAACCCCUGUUCGAGGUGGGCUCUCUCUCCGCGAGGCAAUAAAUUUGAUGGAGAUCAUACAUUCAACGGGGAGAUUGCGGGCCGUUGAUCUAGUAGAAAUAAACCCAGCUCUCGGCGACGAGUCGGACAGGAAACGCACUAUAGAAGCAGGCUUGUGUGUCUUAAAGGCGUCCCUAGGAUUUUCGAGACGAGGCACUGCUCCCAGAGGCGUCUUGGACUUACCAGUACAGACACAUCAU